AUGACUACUGAAAAAGCUACUUUUGCUGCUGGAUGCUUCUGGGGCGUUGAACAUUUGUAUGUCAAGCAUUUUAAACAAUACGAUAUCAAGACCAAAGUAGGCUACAUUGGAGGAGAUACCAAGGAUCCUAGUUAUCGCGCAGUUUGCUCAGGAUCUACAAACCAUGCUGAAGCAUUGGAGAUCGAUUUUGACCCCAAGAAGGUUUCUUAUGAGACGCUUGUCGAGUUCUUUUACAGAAUGCAUGAUCCUACUACUGUCAAUGCACAAGGACCCGAUAGAGGAACUCAAUACAGAUCUGCCAUCUUUUAUCACUCUCCUGAACAGAAAGCCACUGCUGAAAAGGUAACUGCAGAAGUCCAGGAGAAGCAUUAUAAAGGCAAAAAGAUUGUUACCGAGAUCAUUCCUGCUGGCAUUUUUUACGAUGCCGAAACGUAUCACCAGAAAUACUUGGACAAGAAUCCUGGUGGAUAUGAGUGCCCCACUCAUUUUUUGCGUUGGUAA